UCCCAUCUCAGUGUGUGACCGUUUCUCUGUUUGCGAUAUCGCGCGACAAGUUCAAAGAAACCGUGCAGUUUGGCGCGGUUUUCUAAAUUUGAUUUUUUUUCUUUUUUAAUUAAUUGCAUAAUUAUUGACAACGGCAGGAUGGUGAAGUGCCUGGUUAUUUUGCUGCUAGCUUUUACUUUCACUAGUGCAGAGGAUGAUAUUGCAAAAUCUGCUGACCGGGAACAAAGAGGAAUUUUCACGAAAAACUUCUUCGGCGGUGUUUGGGGAAAUCGUCCACCGCUUUUAGAAGUAAAUCAACCUCGAACAACCUGCACAUGUAAGUGCGGUGAAAGGAAUGAAGUGUCUCGUAUUGUGGGUGGUACUGAAGUUGCCCCGAACGAAUUCCCUUGGAUGGCAAAGCUGAACUACUUCAAGAGAUUCUACUGCGGAGGGAUGCUUAUCAACGACAGAUAUGUAAUGACUGCAGCCCAUUGCGUAAAGGGGUUCAUGUGGUUCAUGAUCAAAGUGACAUUUGGCGAGCACAACCGCUGCAACACGACAGUCCGCCCGGAGACAAGAUUCAUUAUCAGAGUAAUAGCACAGAACUUCAGUCUUACCAAUUUCGACAAUGAUAUAGCCCUGUUACGACUCAAUGAGAAAGUAUCGCUAUCUGCUACCAUUAAGCCAAUAUGCCUGCCUUCGGAUCCUCGUAACUUAUACGUCGGAGUCAAAGCUGUUGCCUCAGGAUGGGGAACUCUGACUGAAGAGGGGAAGGUAUCCUGUACUCUUCAAGAGGUAGAGGUGCCAGUUAUCAGCAACAAGGAGUGUCAAAAUACCAAGUAUACGUCCUCGAUGAUUACGGAGAACAUGUUGUGUGCUGGAUACCCCAAGUCUGGGCAGAAGGACUCUUGUCAGGGUGACAGUGGCGGUCCUCUAAUAACUGAGAGGAAGUUUGACAAGCGGUACGAGAUAAUUGGUGUUGUAUCAUGGGGCAACGGCUGUGCCCGUGUCGGAUACCCCGGUGUAUACACCAGAGUAACAAACUUUUUGAACUGGAUUAAAGAAAAUACUAAAGAUGCCUGCUAUUGCUCAGAAUAGACAAUAUACAUCAAAUCCGAUCUGUACCGUAGUGAUCCACGAAUAACUUUCUGUACAUUUAUAUAUUUAUAUUUAAUUAUAACUUAGAUAAAAAUUAUGGAAUCGUUAACAUUUCUAGAUUUAGAAUACUGUGUUGUUCUAUUAAAAUGAAGCUUAAGGUCAGUGUCUUGUAAGAAAUUCUAAUUCAAAUGAAUAGGCACGUAAUAGUAAUAUUUACCGAAGCUGUAUUCCUUGUUACUCCUGGUAAUUAGACAAGUAAUUUUACAACAAGAAUAAUAAUUUUAACACAUUUUUAUUCAUUUCUAUUACACCAUAAUAGUACUGUUUAGAGCACUAACUAUAGAUAUGGCACAAAAAACAAACUAGUUGGAAAUGUUACACUGGUUGUUUCGCUUGCACGCGUUCGUCACUGUCAGCCUUAACACUCUGAUUAACAAGCAUUGGUUUAUUUGAAGAAAUUCAGAUGAGAUCUGAACGUACUAAGUCGUGCGAUGAAAUCCUAUGUCUUGUUCGUACGAGCGAUUGACAAUUAGGACGCUGCGAUAUGAACGGCCCUAAAUUUUAUUAAUCCGUUAUCGUCUUUUAACCUUUAGCAGCUACAAUUACAAUGUUAAUAUCAAUUAAACUUAUAAUUUUUAUAUAUAAAUGAUACUUAACAAUAAUGUGAUAUUUAAAAUUAUUAAGUCUUAUUUAAAGAACAUAUUAUAAUAAAUAUUAUAUUUAUUUUGGUAAGCUGAUUUAGGCAGACAAUAUUUAGGCCAUAUAAAUUUCAGAACGACUUUUAUGACGUUUCGUGCGCUAAUGACUAUAAAGAAUUUACCUCCUCGUCCAUAGUAAUUCAUCAAGUCUUGGAGAGAGUAGUCCAUUUGUUUUGUAUAUUGGUAUUGAGGGGCAAGCGUGCCGAAACUGUGGCAAUCGUAUAACGUAUGCAGAUAGGAAAGAUAUAUGCGAAUCUAUUUCUAUUCUGGGAGGCGAUUUUGCAAUUUCGUGCGCUUGAAUACCAAGACGAGGGUCAACAUUAGCUAUGUCAGCCGGUAGCUUUUGUUUCAAUAAAAAGAGUAUUUAUUUUUGAGUUUAUGCAAAAAUCCUCGGCCAAUCGAGCGCUCGGGACUGAAUAAUCGCCUCCCUGCCCAUCAUUUAUUUUUUCGUACCGCUUUUCAUUGUUUUUUUGGCAAACAAUUCUGGUCAGUUUACAAUAAAUAAGCAAACCUUUGUGAUAGUCUCUUGGAAUCAAUAUAGCCCUCUGCACUCUUUCAUUAAAUUUUAUUAUUUUUUGUGAGAGUUUAGAGAGAGAGAGAGCAGCUGGUUUUUUACACUCUUACCCGUUCGUCCCCUCUUAUAUAAAUAAGAAAACAGCUUGUAUUAACGACAGCGAACUAAAAGAAGCGAAACCGCUUCGUGACUACAAAUUACAAUCUCAAAGGAAUCCCUAACAUUUUGACUUGGUACAUAAUAAAUACUAAAAUGACAUGUAGAUAAUAUUUUGUAGACAUAAUUUGUUCAAACCUUAUCAUAUCAUACGUAUUACCUGUCCUAAUUAUCUGACUUAAUAUGUAGAGUAAGUAUGUAUUUUUAUUAAUAUUUCGGUUAUAAUUAUUAUUUAUUACUUGAAUGAUAAAUGAGUUUACGUACUUUGCCAUAAUAAAUAAGUUAGAAUGUAUUUACAUUGAUAUUAAUAAAAGAGAAGAUCUCAA